AUGCCCGCGAUACCGCCUGCGCUGCACGCCUGGUACCGCUCGAGCUACCCGACGCUCCAGUUCAACCCCGAGUGGCUCGAAGCCUGCGUCGAGUACCUCCAGGAGUCCGAUCCCGCCGCAUCCACCACCCCGGGCCUCAUCAAGGCCGUCGAGGUCCAGCUCUUGUCGUCCGACCUGUCGACCUCGGUCUGCCUUCCCACACCCCCAGCACGCCGCGCCGCCCUCACGACUCGCACGCCUGCGAGUGCGCACACGAUCCUCUUUGCCGGCGUGCGCAAGGGCGCCGUCCUGUUCCAGGUCCAGCGCGUCAGCGACGCCGCGCAUUCCGCCAUCCAGGGCAGGGAGGUCUUCGAGGACAAGCGCGAGGUGCGCAAGCUCGCCGGGAGAGAAGGCGACGGGCGCAUCAUGAGCCUCGACGAGGAGGAGCAGAGCGACGCCGACAACAAGGACGCCGUCCUCCCGGCGGCCAAGGCGCCCGUCUUCCCGCGCGGCAACGGCAGCUUCCUCCUCACCGACGGCGAGACAGAGGUCAAGGCGUUCGAGCGCGAGCGCAUCGACGGGCUCGGCCUCGAGGACAUCAAGCUCGGCACCAAGCUCCUCGUCCACGACGUUCCCUUCGUAAACGGCAUCCUCAUGCUCACGCGGGACAACACGGUCGUCAAGGGCUACCAGGUCGAGGAGCUCGAGGAGAACAAGGAGUGGUACCUCGAGAACGAUUUUCGCGAGCGCGUCGGCAUGGAUCCCCUUCCUCCUCCCGGCGUCGAUCUUCCUCCCGCCGUUGCGGCAGCAGGCGCCGGACCUGCCCAAGAUGCCGACAUGGUCCCGCCUGCUCGCAGCCCUCGCCCUCGCCGCCGCUCGCCGCCUGUCGCUCGUCCUGGGCCGCCGCCGAAGCAGCAGAGCCCAUCGUCCGACUACUUUGGCGACGACGACGACCUCCUCAUGGCCGCCGCCGAUGACGACGAGGAGGAGGCGUUGCGCGCGAUGGAGGAGGAGGCCAUGGGCGCGGCCCGGGCUGCGCCGCCGACGAGGAGAGGCGCCGCAUCGGCGCAGCGGGUCAAGCCGGAGCCGCGCUCGAGCGGGAGCCGAACGGCGCCAGCAGGUGCGGGAGGCACGACGGGCCUCAGCGGGCAGGUCGAGGUGCUCGAGCUCGACUCGGACGACGACGAGGAGCCCGUCGUCAAGCGCGAGGCGGGAGGAGCGGGUGCGAGUGGGCGCGCGAGGCCGGGCCCGGCGCCAGCUAAAGGGGGCGGCGCAGGGGCGAGGGGUCGUACCACGGUGCUCGAGAUCGACAGCGAUGAUUGAGGCUUU